CAGACCGGGAGCUAAACUAGCUAAAGUUAGCAUGCUAACUGUUAGCAUUAGCCAGAUUGUUUUCUCAGCGAGAGUCUCGUAAAUUAUUAAUACGCCGUUGUGUGAAAACACGUCACGGUAAAAUAGUUACUGACGUCAAACAUCGUGUGUGUCGUCAUUCAGUUUUAGAUGGUUUGGGUUAGCUUGUUAGCUUAUUAGCCUGUUAGCUGCCCUGCUAACGGUUGACAAACAGCAGAGAGUCUAUUAGAAAACAAACAUCAGAGGAAUAUUAAAUAUAUGACGUCAGCUAUUGUUCACGACGGUGUAACUUUGUACAUGUUGUUGGAGGGGGGCGCUUGUGCUAAGCUAAAGCUACAUUACAGGUCGUUCCUUUAAUGUAAUAAAGGUUUUAACAUCUCUCUCUCUUUGUUCCUGAAAUAAAUGAAGACGAAGGGUGAAAGUCAUCUUUUCUAUAACAUAUGUAUCCACCUAGUCCUGUAUGGGGGGGGGGGACUGUAGCUCAAUAACUUUUAUCAGAAAACAUAUCACAGGAAAUAAUAAAGCGCAUUGUCAGCUUUUCCUGAUAUAAAACAAACGGAAAGAUGUUGGUUUGUUUGUUGUUAUUGAUCAGUUUUAUGUUUGUUUUAUCUUUCAGGUUUCACUCUGGAGCCCUAAAACACUUUCAGUAAGAUCACCAUGUAGACGGACGACGGCUGAACCAACAAACAGCUGGUCACUAACUAGUCAGUAACCAGUACCAGGGUGGCGGUGGUGUCGUCCUGGUGGAGGAGCAGGCUGAUGGAGAGCGACUGUCGGAUCCCUGUGGUCUGUUGUCGGCCUCGAGUCCUCGUCUUCCACGCUCUGUUCUGGGGCCUUGUCUCCCUCAGGGUGUUUGGAGCGGCUCUGCUGAGUGAAGAGAGAACAGCAGUGAAACAGCUGAUCGCCCCCUGCUGGCUGCUGGAGGACUUCGUGGUGACGACAGAGUGUUCACAGUGUAACGCCUUCCAGAGCAGGUCGUGGUCGUCCUGCGAACUGACGGGAUACGUGGAAAGAGUCAACUGCACCCGAUCCAACCGAGAGGAGCACAAGAGCUGUCGCUCUGCAGUGAUGGAGGACCAUCUCUUCUGGAAGUUCGAGGCGGCCAUGUUGGCUCUGACGGCCGUCUUCGCCGUCCUCGUGGUCGUCCGUCAGCGUUGGCUCGACCGUCUCGCCUCUGAGAAAGUCCGCCGCCAGAUUGAGUCCAUCUAGGAGACCAGGACCGAGAAAGUCUUUUAUCCUGAUCCAGACUCUAAGAUCUAUCAGGGAUCAGGACUAAAGCCAAACCUGCAGAGAACGGGACUGUUUGAUGUCUUCAUUGAGACGUAACGAGGAGCGAAAACCAACCAGCUGUUUGAACUGUGAUCACAAUGAAACUUAUUAAAACUUCAAAAGUU